AUGUGUGAUAUUGAAGAGAUGUACUUACGUGUAGGAAUUAACCCUAUUGACAGAUCAUAUCACAGGUUUCUUUGGAAUUCUUCAGCACCAAUUCGGUAUGAAUUCAAAACACUGGUGUUUGAGGUUAAUGCAUCACCAUUUCUAGCCCAAUAUGUUUCUAGACAUAAUGCUGAAUUACAUAAAGAAGAAUAUCCACGUGCUGCAGAAACAGUCUUUAGUUCAACAUACAUGGAUGAUAGUAUGGAUUCUGUGUCUACCGUAGAGGAAGGUAUUGAAUUGUAUUAUCAGCUAUCAGAACUUUGGGCGAAAGCAAACAUGUAUGCAAGAAAAUGGCUGUCAAAUUCGGCUGACGUACUAGAAAAAAUCCCCACUGAGCAUAGAGCUUCUAAAGUUGAACUGGACAAAAAUGACUUGCCAACUGUAAAAACACUUGGUGUAACAUGGUUAGCUAAUGAAGAUUGUUUUAUUUUCAAUGUGCAAGAGUCGGAUAACAAUACAACAUUGACAAAGAGAACAAUUCUAAGAAAAAUAGCGACUAUAUUUGAUCCACAUGGUUUUGUUGCACCAUAUAUCGUGCGAGCAAAGAUUCUGAUGCAGGAAUUAUGGUUAGCUGGAUUAGAUUGGGAUGAAAUUGUUCCAAAUGAAAUGAAUGAAACAUUUUUGAGGUGGUUAUCUGAAUUGAAAGAACUUAAACAAAUCAAAAUACCAAGAUGUAUAAGACAUGAAAGCUAUGUUCAGCCAAAAAGAGUAACAUUACAUGCAUUCGGUGAUGCAUCAGAAAAAGCUUACGGUUCAGUAGUGUAUGCUCGCUGUGAAGAUUCUGACAAUAACAUUUCGGUUAGACUCGUUGCAGCAAAAAGUAGAGUAGCACCGGUUAAGACGAUAAGUAUUCCUAGAUUAGAGCUUUUGGCAGCUGUUCUGUGCUUGAAACUUACAUUGUCAAUUUGUGCUGCACUGAACAUUUGUAUUAACAAUUGCACAUUUUGGACAGAUAGUAUGAAUGUUUUACAUUGGAUACGAAAUAGAAGCACAAUUUUCAAACCAUUUGUUGCUAAUAGAAUUGGAGAGAUUCAGUAUCAUUCAAAUCCUAUACAAUGGCGACAUGUACAAGGAAAACAAAAUCCGGCUGACAUUUUAAGUAGAGGAUGUUCAAUAUCUUAUUUAGAAACGAACGAAUUGUGGUGGAACGCACCUGAAUUUCUGAAGAAAAAUGAAUGCGAAUGGCCAAAAAGUAAAGUUGAAUUUUCACAUGAGAACAGUGAAAUAAAAAAGUCAAAACAAAUGCAGUUUGAAGUACAAACAAUGCACACACAGAGCGCGGAUGUACAAACAUGCAUUGAAGAAUGGCGGCUUGAUCCGAAACGAUAUUCCAGUUGGACAAAAUUAGUACGGGUAUAUGCUUGGGUUAUGCAUUUCGUGGAAAAUUGUAAACGUACAAAAACAGCAAGAAUUGAAGGACAACUGGGUGCGAAUGAAAUAUAUGAUGCAGAAGUAAAAUUAAUAAUAAAAGCUCAAAGGUCUCAUUAUAAGGAAGAAUUUACAUGUUUAUCUAAGCAAAAAGAACUACCAAAAGAUAGCAAAUUGAUCAAAUUGAAUCCAAAAAUUGACGAUGAAGGAGUUAUCAGAAGUGAUCGAUGGACGCUUAAAAUAUGCUGA